AUGUCCUCUAUUCCUCCCCAUAAGAUUUUUAAGUCGCCCACCCCGGCGAAUAUCUUGAAACAACGAUUUGAAAAAAAUAGACAACAACUCAUCAAUGGUGAUAAUUAUAAUGUUGCAAUUGAUCCCAUCACAAUUGUAAUUAAUGAAUGUAUGGUUAUAUCAUCUGCCAUGAGAAAAGUUAACAGAUGGUCACAAAGUGGAGUUGCUGCUAUAUUAGGAGGUAAUGAUAUAUUCAGUGAUGAUAAGCUGCUUAGUUCAAGUUUAGGUUUAUCCAACAACUUAUCUAAUAAUCAAAGCCAAAGGAAUUCUAAUGAUAAUCCCUUGUUAUCGAGUUUCUUACAAUUAAGGUCAAUUUUAACCGAAGCUAAAAAUAUCAAUGAUAUUGACGGUUUGACUAUUUUACAACCUUUCUUAUUGGUGAUUAAAUCUUCUUCCACCUCAGGUCAUAUCACUUCAUUAUCAUUAGAUUCCAUUUCAAAAUUCUUGAAUUAUGAUAUCAUUCUGACCCAUUCAAAGAAUUUACAAACCUCCUUAAUUCAAAUAAUUUCAUCAUUAACUCAUUGUAGAUUUGAAGCUGCUGACCAAAACUCUGAUGAUGCAGUAUUAUUGAAAGUUUUAAGAUUAAUGGAAUCGGUUUUGAAUUCAGAUUUAUCCAAUUAUUUGCCUAAUGAAAUCGUUUCUGAAGUCAUUCAAACUUGUUUAUCAUUGGCUUGUAAUAAGAAAAGAAGUGAAGUUUUAAGAAAGGCUGCUGAAAUGACCAUUUCUUUGAUUACUGCCAGAGUAUUCAAACAAUUACAUUUAAUUGAACCUGAAUCUAAUGUUGAGGAAUUGAAAACUGAUUUCACUGGUAAUAAGUUACCUGAAGAUAUCAUUGGAAGUGCAAAUGCCAAUACAUCUGUCACUGAUUUACAAACUUCUGAAACUGAAAAAUCUGAAGAAGUAGAAGAGGAUUCUGAAGAUACUGAGAAGGUUGAUGAAGAUGCCAAAGAAGAAAAGGAUACCGAAACGGAAGAACCGUUUGGUAUAGGAUGUUUGAAUGAUUUCAUGGGGAUCUUAAUAUCCAUGAUAUCUCCACAUAAUCAAUAUCAACAUAUGGAGAGUACUAGAGUGUUGGCUCUUAAUUUAAUUAAUACUGCGAUUGAAGUUAGUGGUAAAGACAUUCCAAAUCAUCAUUCUCUUAUGAUGUUAAUUGCUGACCCCGUUUCCAAACAUGUUUUAUCAAUCAUUACCAAAGUCGAUUCUCCUCCUUUAUUACAAGCUUCAUUGAAAUUAUUCACCACUAUGGCCAUAGUAUUAGGUGAACAUUUAAAAUCUCAAAUCGAAUUAACAUUGACUUUAUUAUUCAAUUCAAUUUUACCACCUGCUGUGAAUGAAGAAAAGAAAAAUGAUGCUUUGAAAGGUAACCAAACCUCUAUUAAUAAUAGAUUACCAAGUUCUAAGGAAAUGAUGAUUGAAUCAUUAUCAUUAAUGUGGAUUAGAGAACCUCAAUUCUUUGCAAAUUUAUUCAUAGAUUUUGAUUGUGAAUUUGAUAAAUCUGAUUUAUGUAAACAAUUGAUUGAGUUUAUUUGUAAAUUGACAUUACCUGAAUCAGCUAGAAUUACUACUGAUAACGUUCCACCUAUCUGUUUAGAAGGAUUAUUAUCAUUCAUUAGUGGGAUUAACGAGAGAGUUAAAUUGAACCCUGAUUUAAAUAUCAAUGAUUCUAAACCACCAAAAUUGAUUUUGAAUAAGAAGAAUAAGAAUCUUUUCAUCAAAUGUACUGAUAUAUUCAACAAGAAACCUUCUCAAGGUAUUAAAGCAUUAUUCGAUGAAGGAUUUCUUAAAGAUGAAAAUGAUAUCAAAGAAAUAGCUGAAUUCAUCUAUAAUAAGAGUGGGAGAUUAAAUAAGAAAGUUUUGGGAGAAUUCUUAGGAAAAUCCAGUAACAAAGAACUUUUGAAAUAUUUUAUAGAAUUAUUUGAUUUCGAAGGGUUAAGAGUUGAUGAAGCUUUAAGAGUGUUAUUAAAAUCCUUCAGAUUACCAGGAGAAUCUCAACAGAUUGAAAGAAUUGUGGAAUUAUUUGGUGAAAGAUAUGCUAAAUGUCAAGAGAAUUUCGAAAGUCAAGGAGAAGAAGAAUUUAUUAAACCUGAUAGUGAUUCGGUUUUUGUACUAUCAUAUUCUAUAAUCAUCUUAAAUACCGAUUUACAUAGUCCUCAAGUUAAAAAACAAAUGACUUUUGAUGCAUAUAAGAGAAAUUUGAAAGGUACUUAUAAUAAUGGAGAUUAUCCAGAAUGGUAUUUGAAUAAGAUAUAUGGUUCUAUCAGAGAUAGAGAGAUUAUUAUGCCUGAAGAACAUCAUGGUACAGAUAAAUGGUUUGAUGAUGCCUGGCAUAAUUUGAUUUCCAGUAAUAACUUCAGUACCAAUAAUUUUAUUACUAAUGACUUAUCACUGCCAAUGAUUUGUUGUUAUGAUAAAUAUUUAUUCGAAGAAACCGUUGAUACUUUAAUCGAUACGAUCAUUAAUGUAUUUAAAGAAGCUACUGAUGAUCAUAUAAUUACCAGAUUGAUGUCAAGUAUUGACAAAUGUGUUAAUAUUUGUUUAUUCUAUGAUAUUCAAUCACCUAUAGAUAAAUUGAUUGGAUUAUUGGCUGAUUUGACAUUCUUAACCUCAAAAGUUAACAAACUUAAAGAUAUUGAAGAUAGUAAUGUCAGAGAUGAGAUUCCAAUAACUCAAAUCAAAAUUGAUAAAAAAGAAGAUGCUAUAACUGUUAGUGAGAUGGCUGUUUGGUUUGGUAGAGAUUUCAAAGCCCAAAUUUCAACAGUGGUUUUAUUCAGAUUAAUCAAGAAAACAGAUUGUAGAAUAACAAAAUCUUGGGAUAAGAUCUUAAGAAUUAUCUUGACAUUAUUUGAAAAUUGUUUUAUCAAUCCAAAUUUAUUCACAGGUUUCCAAAACAAAUUGAAAUUGCCUCAAUUACCUAAAGUCAAACCAAGAUAUAUCAUCAAUAGAAGUAAACCUUUGAAAGAUUCGGGGAUCUUGUCGACAUUUUCUUCAUUAUUGAAAGGUUAUAGUGAUGAACCACCAGAACCAACUGACCAAGAAGUUGAAAGUACUUUAUCUUCAAUUGAUUGUAUUAAGUCCUUAAAUAUUCCUGCUGUUUUCAGAAUCAUUAGUCAAAAUGGUAAUGAAGAUAAGAAGAUGGUAGUGCAAUUGUUAUUGGACAUGUUACCUGAAUUGAACGAUGAAACCAAAAGAUAUUAUGAAAUUGAGACUUUAUUCAUCUUAGAGAUCUUAAUCUGCUUUGUCUUAUUAAUUAAUGAAGAUGAAUUAAUAGGUAAAGUACUUGAAAAGAUCAAUGCCAUUAACGUAUCCGAAGUAUCUAAGAAAUCAAGUUUAAGAAUAACUACCUACAAAUUAUUGUUAAUUAGAAAUAGUGAAGUCAAUAUUGACACUUUGAAUGAUAUUUUUAAAGGAUUAAUGGGAAAUGAAAAAGAGUUUUUAACCAAAAAUGGUUCACAAAUAAUCCAACCAUUGAUUUCAUUGGUUGAUGAGGAUUCAUGGUGUUGUAAAAAGAUAUUGGUCAACGAAGAUUUCUGGAAAUUUUUAAGACUUUUAGGUUCAAUACCUAUUUUUGCUAAUUCAAUCUUACAAUUCACUGAAUCUAUAGUCAAAUAUUCCUCGAAUGACAUCACAGGUAACAACUUCAUGUUAGUAUUGGGAUUAUUGGAUGAGAUUUCAUCAUUAGGAGCUUCUGGUUCUCAAUUAGAACAAGAAACUGAUUCCAAAAUACCUGAAGAUCAAAAGGCUGAUAAUAAUGAAUAUUUGAAAGAAUUGGUUGAAUUAUCCAAGAAAUCCAUUGGUUUGACUUGUGAAAUGACAAGUAUCAUCACUAAAGAAGGAUUCAACUCGGAAAAUGGUGGAUAUCCUUUGAUUCAAGCUUUAGCCCAUCAAUGUUUUAAUCCAUGUAGAGAAGUUAGAUCAUUUGCCUUAGGUUCAUUGAGAUCAACCACCAUGAGUACCAUUGAUAAUUUAUCCGAUUUAAAACCUUUCAAAGUAUUCGAAUAUGGAUUAUUCCCAUUAUUAGGGGAAUUAUCUAAAAGUUCAGUUAUUCAAACUGAUCCUAUUGGAUUUGUUAAUACUCAAAUGGAUGCUUUAUCUUUGGUAAGUAAAGUAUUUUUACAUUAUUUAACCACUUUCGAUAAAAAUGAAUUGUCAACUGUUUGGUUAGGUAUCUUGAACUAUUUCCAAAUCUUCAAUGAUAUUAGAGAAAAAUCCAACCAUAGUGACAAUUUGAUUAAAGAAUCGGGCAUUGAAUUAAUCAAGAAUAUGUUAUUGGUAUUAGAAACUAGUGAGAUUUUAGUGGAAUCUGAUCAGGAAUUAUGGUCACAAACAUGGGAAAAAGUCAAUAAACUCUACCCUGAAUUGAAAGAUUUAGCAGUUUCAAACACUACUGAGGUAACCCCAGAAAAGUCUGAACCUGAAUCAAAAGACAAAGAACCUGAAAUUAAAUCAGACGAUAAACUGGAAGCUGAAUCAAAAACUGAACUAAACGAUGGAUCAGAAACUAAACCUGCUAUGGAGUCAAAUGACUCUCAACAAAUUAAUGAACCAGAAGUUGAAUAG